AUUGACUCGCCACCGUCAUCCGUCUCCACUGCCCACCCACUCCAUCCAUCCUUUGCCUUUUAACGCUUCCUCACUCCACCAUCCUCUCCUCCUCUUCCUCCUCAUCCUACUUCACGACCACCACAUUUGCCGCAGUGGCUCCUCAUUCACCUCUUCCUCUCUGAUCUGCCCUGACUGGGGGUGCGUAAUUGCUCUCUCUCUUGCUUUCAAUUUAACAGCUGAGCUGACUGAAUAAAACAGAGAAGAAAACGAGUAUGUACGGAAGGGAUCCAUGGGGUGGUCCGCUGGAGAUAAACGCGGCGGACUCCGCCACCGACGAUGAACGGAGUAGGAAUCUGCAGGAAUUAGACAGGGCUGCUUUGUCCAGGCCUUUGGAUGAGACUCAGCAGAGCUGGCUUCUUGGUCCAGCUGAGCAGAAGAAGAAGAAGAAGUACGUCGAUCUUGGCUGUAUCAUCGUCAGCCGCAAGAUCUUCGUCUGGACCGUCGGUACUCUUCUCGUCUCCGGCUUCUUAGCUGGCUUCAUUACUCUCAUCGUAAAGACUGUGCCUCGUCACCACCAUUCUAAGUCUCCGUCGGAUAAUUACACUCUUGCACUUCACAAGGCACUCAUGUUCUUCAAUGCCCAACGAUCUGGGAAGCUCCCGAAGCACAAUAACGUUUCGUGGAGAGGGAAUUCUUGUGUGAAUGAUGGGAAAUCGGCGACAGGAACUAUUUUCAAAGAUCUCGCUGGUGGAUAUUAUGAUGCUGGAGAUGCUAUCAAGUUCCAUUUUCCUGCAUCUUUUGCUAUGACCAUGUUGAGCUGGAGCGUUAUUGAGUACAGUGCUAAGUAUGAAGCUGCUGGGGAGCUCAAUCAUGUCAAAGAUAUUAUUAAGUGGGGAACUGAUUACUUUCUCAAGACUUUCAACCACACUGCGGAUACCAUCACCACCAUUGCUGCACAGGUUGGUUCAGGAGAUACUUCUGGAGGCAAUUCGUCUCCUAAUGAUCAUUAUUGCUGGAUGCGGCCUGAGGACAUUGAUUACCCGCGGCCUGUUACUGAAUGCCAUAGUUGUUCCGAUCUUGCUGCAGAAAUGGCUGCUGCCCUAGCUUCUGCAUCCAUUGUUUUCAAAGAUAACAAAGCCUACUCACAGAAACUUGUCCAUGGUGCUAAAACUCUCUAUAAAUUCGCAAGGGAAGAGCGAGGUAGAUAUAGUGCAGGUAGUUCAGAAGCUGCCAUUUUCUAUAAUUCAACUAGCUACUGGGAUGAGUUUAUAUGGGGUGCAACUUGGCUCUACUAUGCUACUGGGAAUUCUUCUUAUCUUCAGCUUGCUACUACUCCUGGUUUGGCCAAGCAUGCUGGUGCUUUCUGGGGAGGGCCAUACUAUGGUGUGCUUAGCUGGGAUAACAAGCUCACUGGUUGUCAGGUGCUUUUGAGUCGUUUGAGACUGUUUUUGAGCCCUGGAUAUCCAUAUGAAGAAAUAUUAAGUACAUUUCACAACCAGACCAGCAUAAUCAUGUGUUCUUACCUGCCAAUUUUUACAAGCUUUAACAGAACCAAAGGAGGAUUGAUCCAGUUAAACCAUGGAGCACCUCAGCCACUUCAGUAUGUUGUCAAUGCGGCCUUCCUUGCCACCCUAUUUAGUGAUUAUCUCGAUGCUGCAGACACACCUGGAUGGUACUGUGGACCAAAUUUCUAUUCGACUGAGGUCUUGCGUGAAUUUGCCAAAACCCAGAUUGAUUACAUCUUGGGCAAAAAUCCUCGGAAAAUGAGCUAUGUUGUGGGUUUUGGUAAUCACUACCCAAGGCAUGUCCAUCACAGGGGUGCAUCCAUCCCUAAGAACAAGAUCAAGUACAACUGUAAAGGUGGAUGGAAGUGGAGAGACUCCUCAAAGCCUAACCCAAAUACAAUUGAUGGAGCCAUGGUUGCUGGCCCUGACAAGCGUGAUGGUUUCCAUGAUGUUCGUACCAAUUACAAUUACACAGAACCAACUCUUGCUGGCAAUGCAGGUCUAGUUGCAGCACUUGUCGCUUUGUCAGGUGGCAAGACUAUUGGAAUUGACAAAAACACAAUUUUCUCAGCUGUUCCUCCAAUGUUCCCCACGCCACCCCCACCUCCGGCGCCCUGGAAACCAUAAGCUGCCUGUAAUUUUUGAGUUAAAAGUAUGUCGUGUGUGACUUAUGCAAGAGGAUUUUGCUGCAGCAGAUCUUGAAACUCAUAUCCCUUUGGAAAUUAAAUAUAGUGCAAAUUUGAGGGGCACAUAAAACAAUGGAUUAGACAAUGUUUGUGAAGACAGUUGGCAAAGCCUGGUGGACUCGGACAAGCAUUAAGAAUUUGAUGUUUUGUAUCUUGGAAAUUCGCUUUGUUUGCAUUUUGUGAUAAUAUACAAAGUAUAAUGUGUACGAUAUCAAAUCUUGUAUCCUCUGAAACAUGUGAAUCUAAACAGUUCAAAAUUGAUUAACAAUAAACUUCCAUUUAAUGUCUAA